AUGCUGGAUGACAAUCAGACGGCGCCAGACAUCGAAGCUGGGAAUUCAGAUGCGCAGGCACAGCUGCUUGGCAAGUCUCAGCAUCCUGCCCAUCCUCCUAGGCACAUGGACAAGCCGGAGGGCGUUGCGGGACGUCAGGAAUCCUGUCCUCCGGCUGACCGCACCCUAGGUGAUCAGAAUACCCCAAAUGUCCAGGGUGAGAAAUCCUGUUGUCAGUCUUGUCGCCAAUUGCUCAAGAAAAACUGGAAGAUCGUCUUCACCGUGUUUUGCCUUGUGCCUGCUCUCGCGGCGCACGGCAGAUGGUUCCUGAGCAGCGUGGGCCUGGCAGUGGUGGUCUUCAUGGCUCUCAUCCCAUACCUCACCUUCACCAUCUUUCUUGAACAGGUUGCCCAAAAAAUCCAUCAUGAAGAGGAGAUGUUCCAGGUGUGUGCAAAAACCAUGCAAGAUGAGGACAUCUGUCGCUUGACAAACUUGACACACUUCGAUAGAUGGCGAAAGUUCCAUGUUAUCAGGAUUUUCGGCCGCGCUUUGUUGAACAUUUUCAUGGUGGUCUACAACCUUUUCUAUCUACCUCCUCGAGACCCUCAUCGGGCUUUAAAUCAGACGAAGCACCUGCUUGCUUGGUUGGAGCUGGGUGGUGUUGCCCUCAUGCUAGUGCUUGUCUGGGUGCCCAAGGACACGGUGCAAAAUUUAACCGGGUGCCUGAAGCUCCCGGGCCAUUCACUGUACACAGCACGGGUCGUCAGAAACCUGGCGGAUUUUUCAGCUCUUUCGCUGCUGCGACUGGCCAACCCGCAAGAAUUCCUAACCCGAGUGCGGCAAUCGUUUUCCACUGGAUUUGAGCACACUACAGCCGCGCAGAAGUGGGCUGUAAUUGGCGUGGAGGUAGCAUCUUUCCUUCUAGGCGCUUGUGUCGGCAUUGCUGCUCUGGUGGUGAAGAUCAGUGCCACCUCGUUUGUUUCCGCCGCAGACUUCGGCAGGUACGACCCCCUUGAGUUGAUAACCCUUGCAGGCUUCCUGAACAACAUCGUCGGGCUGAUGCGGAUUGACGACCUGCGCAUAGAUACUUGUCCGAGAUGGUACUUGCACGAGGCCGUAGCAAGGAUGUACUUUGAGACGCACCCGAACCUGAUCAAGUACCGCUCUCAGCUCCAGAACGGCCAGAGGAUCCGCAGAGUUUUCCAGCAGGCCCUGUACGAGGCGCUGCGGCAUGAUCAUGGUUUCUGGGAUGGGAGUGGCCUUUGGCUGUCCAUCACUGUCGAGGACGUCUUAAAGCUCAUCAGUGGUAUGAUCGGCAAGGAGACUAAGGACGGCAAGGACGACGAGGAGACAAAGGGCGGCAAGGACGACGAGGUGACAACGGGCGGCAAGUAUGUGACUCGCUGCACUCGUUGCGGCGGCAAGAAUACGCAGGACACUGAGUGA